GGAGUGCUGUGGGGAUGGAACAGCCCUGGGGGACCCCGGGGGCAGUGAGGACAGGACCCCCCAGACACGUGGGACCAACGUCCUGGGGACCCUGGGGACAGACACCCCGUAGGGCCAGGACAGACGUCUCUGGAGCCUUGGGGACACUGAGGACAGACAUCCUGGGGGGCUGGGGACACCCCCACCCACCUCAGUUUCCCCCCCAGGCGCUGGGGGGCCCUUCCCACCACCCCCCCGGGUGGGUCGGACAUGCCAAGGGGCGCCGGGGGGGCAGACGGACACAAACCCAACAUUUUUUUUACCCCAUUUUCAGGCCCACCCACGCUUGGUUCGGGCUGCCCUGGUUUUCCGGGCUGGGGCAAAGGGGGCACCCACGGGUGCUGCGGGGGGCGGCGCCCCUACGUGACCCCGGACUCCCUUACCGGAGGAAGGGGAAUUAAUAAAAUAAAAUAAAAUAAAAUGAAGCGAAACGAACUGAAGUGAACCAAAGCGAGGCGAGGCCCGGGGUGGGGGCAGGCGGGGGGCGGAGGGCGGGGGCCCGUGCCAAGGGAGGAGGGCAGGACGGGACGGCGCAGGCAGCGCUCGCCGCGACGGCACCCGCUCACCGCCACCCUCGCCCCCACCCCGGGGUGCCCCGGGCGUCCUUCUCUGGGGUGGGGGGGACACGCACACGCACGCACCCCCACCCCCGCGGGCACAGAGGACACCCCGACGCUGGCGUGUCCCCCCGUCCACCCCGCCACCGGCCAUGGGCAUCCAGGGCAUGGAGCUGUGCGCCGUGGCCGUGGUCAUCCUCCUCUUCAUCGCCGUCCUCAAGCAGUUCGGCAUCCUGGAGCCCAUCUCCGCCGAAGACAGCGGCGAUGCCGAGCUGGAGCUCUCGGCCGUACGGCACCAACCCGAGGGGCUGGAGCAGCUGCUGGCGCAGACCAAGUUCACCAAGAAGGAGCUGCAAUCCCUCUACCGCGGCUUCAAGAACGAGUGUCCCAGCGGCCUCGUGGACGAGGAGACUUUCAAGCUCAUCUACUCGCAGUUCUUCCCCCAAGGCGACGCCAGCACCUACGCGCACUUCUUGUUCGACGCCUUCGACGCCGACCGCAACGGGGCUCUCUGCUUCCAGGAUUUUGCUGUUGGCCUCUCCGUCUUGCUGCGGGGAACGGUGCACCAGAAGCUGAAGUGGGCUUUCAACCUCUACGAUAUUAAUAAAGACGGCUACAUCACCAAGGAGGAGAUGCUGGAGAUCAUGAAGUCUAUCUACGACAUGAUGGGGCGCUGCACGCACCCCGCCCUGAGGGACAGCGCGCCUGCUGAGCACGUGGAGUUGUUCUUCCAGGUGAGACCGUCCAGCGUUGUCCCCUCCCGGCAGCCACCCAACCCUGCCAUGUCACGGGCCGGAGCUGCCAUCCCCACCGGGGACGUCCCCACUGAGCCCCUGCUGUUCCCUCACAGAAGAUGGACAGGAAUGGCGAUGGCGUGGUGA